AUGGAGCUGGAGUUUGCAAAGACCCUUGGAUGUGUUGUCCUCAGAGGCAGUCACAUCAUUGACAUUGCUCAAAAUUCACCCUCACCUUCUCCGCAAAAGCCAAAUACUCCAUACCAUAUCACAGUAUUUACGAAAGCCGAACUGCAGGAACUGAACAAACUGGGAAACGAUCCCAAGAGGAAGAUUGAGCAACUGGUCUUAAGACCUCCAUCUUUGGAACUGCCAAUCGAUCUGGGUAUCGGAACUCAUGGCUCCGUUGUCUUUAAUGUCGUGUUUUGGCCACAGGGAAACGACAUCAGAAGCCAAUUCGACUUGCCUAGGAAACAGUUUCACAUCACCUUGUCGCCGGACGAUAACCACGAUGUUGACAAAGGCGUCAAUGCCAUUACUUGUUGCAAGACUCUGACAACAGAGCAGGUAGACACCAUCAUUGCAGCUUGCGUCACCAUGGCGAAAAGAGCCAAAGCAGAGAGCUCGCUACUGUCAUCUGACUACUUGGAACUACAACCCAACAGUAUUGCCGCGUUACUACGUGCAGCACAUUGCUGCGAACUUCCUCGAGAAGCCAAGAAAGCCAUGUUCAUGUUUGCUCAAGCGGCCCAUCUAAUGCCCGAUGGCCGUGAGUCAACCAAAUUACAGUGCAUCGAGGCCGUAGUCAGAUGCUCAGAGUAUACCGAGUUCGGACCGUGUUUUCUCGACCACGAAACUGAAGCUUGGAAGCGUGAUAGGACGCUCUUUUCUGCAUAUGGAGAAGCAUUCAAAGAUCUUAAAGUGCGCCAUCUCAUUCAGCAACAUGUCAGCGUGAGCAGAAGUCUUGCGGAUAUCGAAUCUCUGAUGACAAUACCAUCUAUCGCUUCGAAUCAAGACAUGUUCAUGCCGCGAGAUGGUGAUCUUUACAGACUUCCAAGAUUCUUCCGAUGGUUAGCGCCAAUGAGAUUAGCUGUGAUGAGUACACCCCGUCGCAGAGAAGAUGUCGUGGCUUUAUUAGCUCUCGGCAUCACCCUGAUUGUCACCUUGACAGAAGAAGAACCAUUACCAGCCGAAUGGUUUGCCAACAGGAAUUGUCGCAAUGUUUUUCUACCCGUUCGCAACUACCAAGCGCCAACAAACGAGCAAGUAGACACUUUCAUCAGACACCUGGACGAUCUUCCACCCGGCGAAGCUGCAUUGGUCCAUUGCGGUGGCGGCAAAGGUCGUGCUGGUACUUUCGCUGCUUGCUAUCUGAUGGCGAGAGGCUUUGGUGUCGCGAAUCCGGAUGAUGAACAACCAGUCAGGAUGUUCCCUGGAGAUGCCAUGAAACUCUUGCGUCAUAUACGUCCUGGUAGUAUAGAGACUGCCGAGCAAGAAAACUUCAUCAGAGAUUACGCUCAGUAUUUGGUCAGCGGUCGUGAGAAAAUUGUAGCAUUACCGACACCAAGUUCAGAAAGUCAAGAUCCACUUCAACUGGACGGGAAGCUGCCCAAGUUGCCUUCUCUUAUUGUAUGCUGUGGCUUGCCAGGCUCGGGCAAAAGUACAUUCGCAGCACAGCUCACAAAACUCGGAUACACAACGAUAUCUCAAGAUGAGCUAGGAAGCCGUACUGCCUGUCUUAAUGCCUUGUCAAAUGCCCUUGAGAGUGGUAGAAAGAUACUGGUGGACAGAUGCAAUUCAUACGUUGAAGACAGAGAACAGUGGCUUGCUCAUGCUUUCCACCCAGAUGACGCAUUGUGUGUCUGGUUCGAUGUUGAUCCUGAAACUUGUGUCAGAAGGGCGGAUGCUCGAAUGAAUCAUCCGACCAUUGCGCCAGGAAGAGCGAAGAGGAUCGUGCAUUCAUUCGAUAAAAUCCUUGUCCCACCAAGCAAGAAAGAGAAGUUUGCUUGCAUCGCAAGGGUACCAUCCAAGACUGCCGUAUCGGAUCUGUUGUCGAGACUUGGUUUCACACUGGAGAAGCGAUUCAUCUACAAGUUCCCCCGAACAAGACAUCUCUUCAACACCGGCUCCGCAUCACGCGACGACCUUAUCCUGACAGCCUCCGACGCUGAAGCAUUUCUCAACACAUCGGACCUAUCAACAACAAUCACAAUCGAAGAAAAAGUAGACGGCGCAAAUCUCGGCAUCAGUCUCGACUCAAACGGCGAGUUCAAAGUGCAGAAUCGUUCUCACUACGUCAACAGUAAAUCACAUGCUCAGUUUAAGAAGCUGGAUAAAUGGUUAGGCGAUCACUAUGAAGACUUGAGCACUGUGUUGAACCCGACAAAAUCUAAGUCCGUUAGAUGGAUAUUAUAUGGAGAGUGGUUGUUUGCUAAACAUUCGAUUCAUUACAGCAAUCUGCCUGACAUGUUUCUCGCUUUUGACCUUUUCGACACAGAGACCAGUACAUUCUUGAGCAGAGAUGCAUUGAGCAGACGACUUGAAGGCACAGGUAUUCAUCAAGUCAACAAGCUUGAGCUAGAGGAUCUGAGCGAAGCCGCUUUGCUAGAAUUGGUCCAAACACAUCAAUCAAGCUAUUACGCUGGAGUCAUUGAAGGUGUCUAUCUUCGAAGACAGCGAUAUGGCAAAACAAUCGACCGUGCAAAGAUUGUUCGCUCGGACUUUAUCGCAGGAGACGAACAUUGGAACAGAAGAGGUAUUGUAGCGAAUGUUGUUGCAUACGAAUAA